AUGUUUCGUAUCAGAACAUUUUUCCUGUUGUUUUUGACCACGCAGAUUCUUGGCGCACUCGGUGCCUUGACAUGGAAGACUUUUGAUAUCUCGUCCCUUUUGGUGGAGGAAGCUGCAAACGUCAAGUACCAGGAUGUCAACGGAAACACCAAGAACCUUGAGGUAAUUCUCAAGGAGAACGGCGCAAACAACAUCAAAAUCCGAAUUUGGGUCAACCCCUCGGACGGAAUUUACAACCUGGACUAUGCAGUCAAGCUUGGGUUGAGGGCAAAGGCUGCGGGCUUGUCUGUUACUUUGAACUUGCACUACUCCGAUACCUGGGCGGAUCCAGGACACCAGACCACCCCCAGCGCGUGGUCGAGUUACACUAUCACUCAGCUCGCCGCAGCCGUGAAAUCCUAUACCACUAACGUUCUCAACACAUUCGCAUCCAACGGAAUCAAUGUCAACCUCAUCUCCAUUGGCAAUGAGAUUCGCGCCGGUCUUCUCUGGCCUCUCGGUUCUUACACCAACUUCGCCAACAUCGGCACGCUGCUUACCGCCGGUGCCCAAGGUGUCCGCGCCUCCAGCCUCAGCUCCGCCCUCAUUAUGAUCCAUCUCGAUGAGGGUUAUUCAUGGGAUACACAGAAGUGGUUCUACGAUUCCCUUGCGGCCUCCGGAACCUUCAGCAUGAGCUCUUUCGACGUCCAGGGUGUCUCGUACUACCCGUUCUGGUCCACCUCCAGUACCAUUGCGAACUUCCAGACGGCAGUUAACAACAUGGCUAAUACGUACGGAAAGAAGAUCAUUGUUAUGGAGACGGACUACCCUGUGGCAUGCUCAACGACAACGAACUUCCCACCCUCGUUGUUGUCAGCGUAUCCGUUCUCGGCGGCAGGGCAGGUCUCAUGGGUUAAGGCGAUUGCGACGGUUGUCAAGGCGAUCCCGAAUAGUCUCGGGGUCGGUGUUAUGUACUGGGAACCCGGCUGGAUCGAUAAUGCUAGUUUGGGAAGCUCAUGUAGUGAUAAUGUUUUGUUUACUGGUGACUGGAGCGGGUAUCCAAGCACAGUUAUUGCGAAGGCGAGAUCGAGCGUCAACAUGAUGUCACAGAUCUAA